AGGAAAAGGGUUCUAAGAGUAUCUACGGAAAAUCGCCGCUAUCGUGUUUGCCGCGUUUGCAUCCACUUGAUUGAGAAUCCCGCUCCGAAAAUUAUCUCCGACCAGAAUUGAACUUCGAAUUAUUGUCCCACCUUGACAAUAAAAUGGAAGCUUAAGAGAUUCUCGUUAAGCGAUUUGGAAUGGAGCUCAAAACUUUAUCCAGCAAUUGGAAAAAGCUCCAAGAGAAACUGAAAAAGGAGAACCCCUCGGUCUCCACCUCUACGAAGCGCAAGACCUCGGACCGUGACAGCCAAAAUGGAGUAAAACGGCGGAGGACAGAGAGCGUCAGUGGGAAGAAAACUGAGGGACAGCAUAAAUCUCUGAAAAGGAAGAGGACGAUGGAGGAAACCGAAAAGGAUGCGGCAAAGGAGGUGCGAGAAACAGUCACAGAGGUUGCGUUGCGGAGGAAUUCUGCAACUUCGACACCCAAAGCCGAUUCACGGAAUGGACAAGUCAAUGCAGGGCUAUCUCCCGAUGUCGAAAUAGGAAAAUAUGUCGCGAUUGAUUGCGAAAUGGUCGGUGUCGGACCUAAUCCUGACAAUGACUCUGUCCUUGCUCGAGUAAGUAUAGUCAACUAUAACGGCGAGCAAGUCUACGACUCCUUUGUUAGACCCAAAGAAAUGGUCACCGAUUGGCGCACACAUGUCAGCGGAAUAUUACCAAAGCAUAUGCUCGAGGCACGCUCGCUGGAGGAAGUACAGAGGGAUGUAGCCAAAAUACUCGAGGGCACAGUUUUAGUCGGCCAUGCAGUUCGAAACGAUCUCGAUGCUCUCCUCCUGCCCCAUCCUAAACGGGACAUAAGAGAUACAAGCAAGCAUCCACCAUAUAGGAAGUUCGCAGGUGGAGGAUCUCCGCGUCUAAAGGUCCUGGCUUCAGAGCUCCUGGGCUUGAAGAUCCAAGAAGGCGCUCACUCCAGUGUUGAAGAUGCCAGAGCAACAAUGAUGCUGUUCAGACGAGAUAAGGAUGCGUUCGAGCGGGAGCAUGCGAAGAAGUGGCCCGUCCGGGUUACGACGGAAGCGAAGGAAAACGGGGACAGUCCGGCAAAGAAGAAGAAGAAACCUAAGAAGAAGUCUCGAAAGAGGUGAAGAACAUGUGUUACUAUUACUGUAUGCGAAUAAUACCCCAACGUUUCGUGUAGAAAAUUGUGUCCGAAAUCUAGCAAGACUUUGGUUCUUUGGUCUAUUCGAUCAAUAGCGGUGUCUGUACUACAUGAGUGUAUAUAAUCGGAGGAGGAAGGUCAUUAAUGCAUACUAUAAUGCUCGAUAUAAUUG